GAAGUAUAGAACCAUCAGCAUUUCUUAAAAACUCCCAAAAAAAAACCUACUUAACACUCAUGGCAAAACCUCAAGUUGUGGUGAUACCUUAUCCCGCACAAAGCCAUGUAAUUGCUACAAUGGAGCUUUCUCAACGGUUAGUCCAGCAUGGAAUCAGAGUUACGUUUGUCAACACAGACUUUAACCACAAGCUCGUGACCAGCAAUUGGUUAGACAAAGAGAGUUUUGGGGAUCCGAUGCAGAUGGUCUCCAUCCCAGAUGGUUUAGAACCAUGGGAGGACAGGAGUGACCUUUGUAAGUUGACCUUGUCAAUAAUGCAAACCAUGCCCCACAAGCUUGAAGAACUAAUAGAGAAGAUUAACAAAGAAGAGGGCAGUAAAGUUAGUUGUGUUGUUGCUGAUGAUUGCAUGGGAUGGGCCAUAAAAGUGGCAAAGAAGAUGGGAAUUCGAAGAGCAGCCUUCUGGCCUGCCUCAGUUGCUACAUUGGCCUCCAUGUUCUCCUUUCAAAAACUGAUUGAUGAUGGGAUUAUAAACGAGAAAGGCACACCUCUGAAAGAGCAGAUAAUUCAGCUAUCAGAAACCAUGCCGUCUAUGAAAUCUGAGAACCUUAGUUGGGUGUGCUUUAAGGAUGUAGCUACCAUAGAAGCCAUCUUCCUACUUGUAAAAGAAGCUGAAGAGGCUUCUAGAUUAACAGAAUGGUUUAUAUGCAACUCUACUACUGAGUUGGAGGCUGCAGCAUUUAGCCUGUUCCCGAAGUUGUUGCCGAUAGGCCCUCUUCUGGCAAGCAAUCGACUGGCUGACCAGGUAGGUCACUUCUGGCAAGAGGACCGAACCUGCUUAACAUGGCUUGAUCAACAACAACCAUGUUCUGUCAUUUAUGUUGCAUUUGGGAGCUUCACUUAUUUCAACCAAACUCAGUUUGAGGAAUUGGCACUCGGUCUUGAACUUAGCAACAGACCAUUCUUGUGGGUGGUGAGACCGGGUAUGACCAAGGAGACUACUUCUAAUUAUAAUUAUCCAGAUGGAUAUAUGGAAAGAGUAGGCGCCCGAGGAAGAAUCGUGAGUUGGACACCACAACAGAAAGUCCUAGCUCACCCUUCAGUAGCAUGUUUCAUGAGUCACUGUGGUUGGAACUCUACAAUAGAAGGUGUCACAAACGGACUUCCUUUUCUGUGUUGGCCAUACUUUGCUGAUCAAUUUCACAAUGAGAGUUACAUUUGUGACAUCUGGAAGACUGGAUUACGGUUGGAAAAAGAUGAAGCAGAAAUCAUUACUCGAGGAGAAAUAAGAACCAAAGUGGAGGAGUUGCUCAACGGCGAAACAUACACAGGUAAGGCGUUGGAUAUUAAAGAAAAGGUUACAAGAAGUGUCAGAGAAGGGGGUUGCUCACACAGAAACCUUAACAAUUUUAUUGAUUGGAUUAAAGACAAAUGAAGAUAUAUUAAUAUGCGAUAUGCCAUAUUACUAUGAAACCAAAUUACAUCAAACCCGUAAACUCUUUAUUCUCUUGUUAAGUUCUAAUAAUUAAUGCUUAGAAAUUGUUGGAUAAAACCUCUCUAUCAGAGUAAUAUUCUUGAUUAAAGAA